AUGCGAGGAUAUUCGCCAUGGCCAGCAAAGAUUAUAGAGAACAUUAACAACAACAAGUACAAUGUGUACUUUUAUGGGACCGGACAAACUGGCGCCCGUCUAAUUGCAAAGAAUAUCUUCAAUUAUGUGGAGAAUAAGGAGAAAUUUGUCACUGCCAAGACCAUGAAACGUGUCACGUUUUACAAGGCCGUCGAUGAAAUUGAGAACGCACUUCCAACAACAUCAGGAAAUUCUGUUGUUGACGGCAGCGUUCAAAAAGCACGUGAAGAACGAAAGCUAAAGAAGCAAGUGCGAUUUGUGGAAAGCGAUGCAGAGGAUUCCACUAUGGAUUACGAUUCCGAUAAUUCCGAUGAAACCAGCUCGAUUUACAGCUCGUCUGCUGUUAAUACACCUAUGCAUACAGGUUUCACCGUACAGGUCGCUGCAAAAAAUCUACUUAUGGUCUACAUCCCCACGACCGAGUCUCUGGGCAUUAAAAUCGACUAUGGGAAACCAGAGAGUUUUGCAAAUAUCGCCGCGGAAAUUGCUUGGAUGAAAAAAGCACGUGAGGAGGCAAUUGAAUUGAAGCAACAAUUGGAAACCGGACAGAUUGAUGCUGAAUCAAUGCCAGGAAGGUUUAUAAUCGAUCCAAAACCUGAGGAAAUACCCAAGGAGGAGGCAGAGCGAUUCUUUAAGGAAUUGAUUGGAAUUGAGGAUACCCUGUUAACAGAGCGAAAGUUUCUACAGCUAUCAUAUGAAUUGAGAGACUGCUUGGGAUUUACCCAGGCCAAUGUGGGCAGAUCUCUGCGCAUACUUGAAGAUUUAAAAAAAUUACAUUUGACUCAAUUGAUGCUGAUGCGCACUCCUGAAAGUGUGCAGAUAAUUGAAAAGGUGCGUCGCUACACUGGCAAUAUAAAAAUAUGGAAAUUGAACGCAUCCGAUCAAUUGGAGUUUGACACAUACGCAAAGAAAAUACGUGAUCUUUCAACUGCCAUUUAUGAUGGCUUCAAGAUGCUCAUCAAUUUCGAGCUUGUUCCAGACAAUACAUUCCGUAGGGAGUUUAACAAGCAACUUCGUCUCUUUAAAAAAUUUACCAGGAAUACCAACGUGGAGCUCUGCUCCGCGAUGAGCCAGCUCACUUAUAAUAGUCUAAUCAAAACACAAAAUGUGGUCAACUGCUUUUAG